CGGUCGGGUCAGGCCAGCAGCUGGGCGCUAGCGGGUCGGCGUUGAGGGAGCCACCGCCCUCCCGCCUGCGCGCUGCCUCUCGGCCCCCUCCGGCCCGCCCGCAACCGGCGGCGUCAUGCCAGCCGCUGCUUGGCGGUAGGGAGUGCCCGGGGCCGCCGCCUCCGCCCGCCCGCCCGAAGCCGCGCCCACUGCCCAGAGCCAGAGGGAUGGUGGUAGUCACGGGGCGGGAGCCAGACAGCCGUCGCCAGGACGGUGCCAUGUCCAGCUCCGACGCCGAAGACGACUUUCUGGAACCGGCCACGCCGACGGCCACGCAGGCGGGGCACGCGCUGCCCCUGCUGCCCCAGGAGUUUCCUGAGGUUGUUCCCCUUAACAUUGGAGGGGCUCACUUCACUACACGCCUGUCCACACUGCGGUGCUAUGAAGACACCAUGUUGGCAGCCAUGUUCAGUGGGCGGCACUACAUCCCCACGGACUCCGAGGGCCGGUACUUCAUCGACCGAGAUGGCACACACUUUGGAGAUGUGCUGAAUUUCCUGCGCUCAGGGGACCUCCCACCCAGGGAGCGUGUUCGGGCUGUGUACAAAGAGGCCCAGUACUAUGCCAUCGGGCCCCUCCUGGAGCAGCUGGAGAACAUGCAGCCACUGAAGGGCGAGAAGGUGCGCCAAGCGUUUCUGGGACUCAUGCCCUAUUACAAAGACCACUUGGAGCGGAUUGUGGAGAUUGCCCGGCUGCGUGCGGUCCAGCGGAAGGCCCGCUUUGCCAAGCUUAAGGUCUGUGUCUUCAAGGAGGAGAUGCCCAUCACCCCCUAUGAGUGUCCGCUCCUCAACUCCCUGCGCUUUGAGCGGAGUGAGAGUGACGGGCAGCUUUUUGAGCACCACUGUGAAGUGGAUGUGUCUUUUGGGCCCUGGGAGGCUGUGGCUGAUGUUUAUGACCUGCUGCACUGCCUGGUCACGGACCUCUCGGCCCAAGGCCUCACCGUGGACCACCAGUGCAUCGGAGUGUGUGAUAAGCACCUCGUGAACCACUACUACUGCAAGCGCCCAAUCUAUGAGUUCAAGAUCACAUGGUGGACAUGGGUUUACCCGAUCCCUGGCCAAGGAUCCAGCAUUCCAAUAGCUGAAAACCCUGUAUAUCUUUUCUCCUAUCCUGCCUUACCCAAGACACACUUGAACCCCUCAGGAAGGCUAUACAGAGGGCCAUGAGCAGGGGCAGCCUCUCCCAUGUUUCUGCAGCUUCACGAUGAGGAGUUCGCUGAGGCCAGCAGUCCUUGUAGGUGUGACAGUUGCAAUAUAAUCAAUAGUUUCAAGAUCUAGAGGCACCUUUUGAAAGAAGCCCUUCAGGGAUAACUAUCCACAGCAGCCUGGAGCAGCGAAGGUGAACCUGAGAUUUUGACCCACACAAUAAGUUGUUGGUGGGGGGGGGGGGGGCACAUUGUUUUGCAAAUAUUUUGGCUUCAGAAGACAAUUACAUAUGCAAAUAUUGAGAGAUUAACAAAUUCCAGCUCUUAUGCCUGACUGAGAAGAGCCACUGCAAGUUGCAUUUAGGUACCCAUGUGCAGCAGAGGCCAGCUGAAUCCCAGAGCUCCCCAAAGUGGACACCAGCAGGGACUAUUCCUGAUGUCCCACCCAAGAGAGGAAGAUGAACUCAGGCGCUGCUGCUCUGCCCAAAUGCCAUCCCAUGUGCAUUUGCAUGUCACCCGUUCAAAAUAAAUAACAUGGAAUUCUUGCAACCUUA